GCAAGGAAGAAAGGGUGGUGUUUUUUUUGGAAAAGAAAAUAACAUAAUGAUGAGGGUUGUCGGUGGGGUUUUGAAGAUGAGAAAGUCAUGUAUCAGAUACAUGACUAGGUGUUGAAGUUGUAUUCCUGAUCCACAAAUUUGAUGCCAAUUCGUAUACUCAAAUCCACAAAUUAAUGCAAUCGUAUACCUAAUACACAACUUGUUUAUCCUAUCUUUUUACCAUAAUUAUUUAAAUAGCGUUAUUUAAAAAAAUUCGUCUAACAAAUGAUUUUCAUUUUUUACCCAAAUUUACGAUUCCCUUUUUUGGGAAUAAAAUAGGAAGUUUGGGAGCUUAAAAAUGGUUGAUUCUUCUGCUCACUUAAGGGAACUUGAAAUGACGACAGGGUAACCAUCGCAGUUUCAAUUUCAAGUUCUGCGGACUCCAAAUUUCCACCACCAUACUGUCAGUAGCUGCAAGUUUCGUGACUCCUGCAAACAUGCAAAGCAUCAGAAAUUCAAUCUUGAAGCACAUGAAGAUCAGAGGACCUAAUAAUACUACAAAACAGUUGAUGAAGGAUGAGAAUGUAAUCGAGAAACUAACUCGCUGUUUGUGCACGUCAACAGGUAGAAGCUCCAACGAAAUAGCUGAUCGAGUGAUUGGAUUGGUUAAGAAGUUUGAUAGAAUUGAUGCCUGUAAGGUUACUGAAACGGCUGAUUUCCAGAAAGACUUGAGCCUGGACAGCUUAGACAGGAUGGAGCUUGUUAUGGCUUUUGAACAAGAAUUCUCCAUCGAAAUCCCAGAUGAACAGGCAGAUAAGCUUACCUGCUGUGCAAAUGUAGCACGAUACAUAACUUCUCAAGUAGAGAAAAAGAAAGAGGAGAAGCUCUGACAGCAACUUCUGUUUUUUUUGAUCUUUUAUGAUUUAUCAUCGUUUACGUUAUUUCAUUCUUUUGUGUGGGAUUUGAUCGUCUAUCAGGCUCUGCAAAGUUUGUUAGAAAACACAUGAGAUCUCUUUGGCUCCCAAUUGAUUUUUGAUGAGUAAAAUUACAACCUUGUGAGUAAA